UUAAAGCGGUUAUUCAUUUAUUAUUAUUAUUUCUGCCUCUUAGUGAAAUUGUAAAAAUUAAAAAGUCGUUAUUCUGCCUGUGUCGUGUUUACCGCGUUCACGCGUCAUCUUGCCGUACAACCGUGGUGUCGGAUCACGGUCGCCGAGGGGGCUGCGGGAUUAUUCCGCUCCAGGUUUAGCAGGUCAAAUGAGAUCAUUAACUACCUCGGGGUCUGUGUGGCGGGUCAGUUAAACGAUUUAGUACUGGGGGGUUCGAACAAAGACCAGGGGUGGACGGGCCAACUUUGGCCACCCUUUGCCGUACAACAUCAUGGCUGAGCAGGUGCAGGGAGUCGCUGUUGGGGGCGCGCACGCAGCGUUGACGUCGGCACGGCGGGCGUGGCCGUUGGUAAGGGAGCGCGAAUCAGGCGCGAACUAAUUUGGAAAUGGUGCCGUGCAGGUGUGUUUAAAACCAAGCGGUUUCAGACAGGUAACAACAGCGAUCUUCACCAGAGAUUUUCUCGUGUUGUCGUAUUCUCAUUGGUUGCGAUAAUUUACCGCGUUUAAUUACUGGCCCUUCUGUCCGUACACGGGUUUAAUUUUCCGAAUACAGUCUGUUAGUUCACGUUGAACACGAAUUGCAUGCAUGUAAUUCCAGCUGAACUUUCCCUGCAUCACAGUGAAAUAUUGUUGGUUUAUUCCAGCCAUCGUCAAUCGAGUUUCGUCAUGUCAUGCAAUGACGUCGUUGGUUACCUGAGACAGCAGCAAGAGCGGUACGGCAGCGCUGAAGGGGAGCGGUGGGGCCGCAUGGAGACCAUGUACAACAAGAGGCUGUGGCAUCAGCUGACUGUGGAAUUGCUAGAUUUAGUUCAGAGUCCAGCUUUUGCCACUGGAGACAGGAUUAUCAAGUUGUAUGAAAAUUUCAUCAGCGACUUUGAACACAGAAUCAACCCACUGUCUCUGGUUGAAAUGAUUUUACUGGCUGUCCGGCAGUAUAGCGAUCCUGAAAGUUCUCUGAAGCUGCUGGAGAAAACCAAGGAGAAGGUUAAAAGCAGCGACGAAGCUGAAAUUCUCUGCAGAACUGCUAUUGCUGCAAUCAAUCUGAAAACUGGUGAUCAUCCAGCAGCUAAACAAACCCUGGAUGAAGUGCGGGUGAUGCUGGACAAGCUGCAGGGGGUGACAUCUCUUCACAGUCGCUUCUACCACACGUCCAGCAGUUACUAUCAGGUCAUGGGGGAGCAUGCUUCAUACUACAGGGAAGCAUUGCGCUAUCUGGGCUGCGUUGAACUGGCCGAGCUUUCUGUGGCUGCUCAGCAGCAGAAGGCCUUCACCCUUGGCUUGGCUGCCCUGCUGGGUGAAGGGAUUUACAAUUUUGGGGAAUUGCUGAUGCACCCCAUCCUGGAGUCUCUGCGAAGCACUGAUAACCGCUGGCUUAUCGACACCUUGUACGCUUUCAACAGAGGCGACGUGGAGGCUUUCUACAUUCUCAAGGGCUGCUGGGACACCCAGACUGACCUAGCUGCGAAUGAGAGUAAACUGAAGGAAAAGCUACAACUGCUGUGUCUCAUGGAGAUGGUGUUUACUAGACCAGCCCAUCGCAGACAGAUAACCUUCCAGGAGAUCUCUUCUCGGGCCAAGUUGCCCGUCAAUAAGGUGGAACUGCUUGUGAUGAAAGCCUUGUCGAACGGUCUGGUUAAAGGAAGCAUUGAUGAAGUUGACAGCAAAGUCCACAUGACCUGGGUGCAGCCUAGAGUUAUGGAUCUGAAGCAGGUUUCUGGAAUGAAAGAUCGCCUGGAGGUCUGGUGUGAAGAUAUCAGGAAGACGUCCUUGCUUGUGGAAAACCACGCUCACGAAGUCCUUGGAUAGACUGUACAAGGAUGGGGAGGACGAACCAGAUUUUGCUUGUUUUUGUUUUUCUUCAUUUUGUAAAUGUCAUCCUAAAAUAAACUGCAUGAAGUCUGAACUGAAAUGUGAACCCCUUAGUUGAGCCAGUUAAAUAAAGGUUCUUCUUGCCUUG